CAUUGUGCAAAGUGGUGUUGGGUUCACAGAGAAAACUAUCAAACAUGGUAGUGAUGUUGAAAUUUUGAACUUGCGCAAACAAAUACGCAAAAGAUUACAAGAACUGAAUUCAACUAUUUGGCACCUAGAACCCUGUACUGAUGAUGCUAUCAAGUUUAUAGUUGAAAAAGAACUGAAAGAAGAAGUUUCCACCUUUGGUGUCAUCACAGAUGUCAUGACCAAUGCUGAGGCAUCAACAAUAAUGAUGGGUCAUGGUUCAGAGGGCAUAAUCUACAGUACACUGUGUAGACAGCCUGUUCAGUUCACCAUAAUUGCCAAGGAAUGGAAUGGAACAAAGCGAAUAGAAGGAGGUGAUCCUUUCACAGCUUCUUGCGACACUGGUGCUGGUGUUAAAGCCCUUGAGGUGAAGGACUGUGGAGAUGGUACCUAUAUUUUCUCAUACACUCCUGAACAAGAGGGUCGAUAUAAAUUGGUUGUGCAGCUGCUGGGUCGUGAUGUGGGUGGAAGUCCAUUCACUUGGUCCGUAAAAAAAUGGCGUCUUCUAUGCAUUUCAGGAAGCUCUCAAGGUGAAGUGCUAUUGUCUGAAGAAAAUCUGACUGCUCAAUACACGUUGCAGUCAGCCGUAAUGUCCUCUGUCUGGAAAGCAUACCCUAAUGCUUCAAGUUUCACAUCUGGUCAAAAGUUUACUGCUUCAAAUUCACCAUUUGGCAGUACCAGUACUAGUGCUGCAAGCUUGCUGUCAAAUGGCAUUUCCCAAAGCACCAAAACCUCACACAGCAGUGAAGGCACUGUUCGGCCCUUUGGUGCAAACAAUUGGCAUUAUGUGGUGAGUUCUAUUUCAUUCAACAAUGGCAAACAUUCAUGCAAAGCUAAACUAAUUGGCAAUAUUAAAGAAGGUUUUAGCUUUGGGGUCAUCAGUACGUGUAGAGGAUCACAUGGCAAGCUGGCCAGUCUGGGUAACUGGUGGGUGUGGAAUUCCAAACAAAUGAAGCACCUCCUGCUCUCAAGCAACAUGCAUGUUAAGAACAGCACUAUUACAGACUUUGAGAGCAAUGAUAUUGUAGAAAUGUACCUGGACUGUGACAAAGGAACACUUAUUAUAUACAAUCAACGUACCAAAGAGUCAGACAUUUGGCAUGGCAUUGCUGGAGAUACUUGUCCAGUGUUUCACAUGACCAGCCAUGGAGACCAGGUUUCUCUAUUACUUUAGAGGGCUCAAAAUUGAUUUGAACAGACAAAAUUUUUACCAAUUUAGAUCUGAGACAAAUUUUAAGAGUAAUCUUGGAUUGCAUUCAUUUUGUAAUACUUUAACUCAAUCGCUGGGUUAAAUGCAUGGAGGCCUAAAACAUGCAUCAGUGGCAUGCCAACCUUUUCCAAGCCUCUGGCAUUCUCCUUGAUGUUUACACCUUUUUGACUUUUUAAUAUAAUGACAAUUUUCUUCACUGUUUUGAUUUGCUUUUGUUGAAUUACUUAAAUUUUGUUUUCCAUGCACUGAAUCUUUAAUUUUGAUUGAAAAUUACUUCGUAUUUAGCUUCGUUCAGAGUUUAGCUGUCUCAUACCUUAUCCACUGUAGCAUUAAAAUGUGUCCUAUUUAACAAUUAUUGUUUACUGAAGUGGAGAUAAAUUAUAGCCACAACCUUCACAGACGCUGAGGUGAAUAAUUGUUUUAGUAUACUAGUAUCUGUAACAUAAAAACCAAAAGUAUUGUUUAUUUCUGUCAACAUGAUAGUUGGAAAUUAAUUAAACUCUUAAUUGACAUAAUUUUUAUAAUUUGCAUAAUUUGUAUAAUUUUCUCUCUUACGCUGCUUGGUGGUGAAUAGUGCUUGCUCAUCAGUUCUUUAGUGGCCAGUAUAUCAAGCUAGAGAAAUUAUGCUUCCAUCCACCAAUAGUUUUAGUUUUUAUUCACUGUGCUAUGUUUUAUUUUUACAAUUAUUAUAGUUUUUCAAUUUCUUGUACUUUUUUGUGCAAAAUGACUUGAAUUUUAAAUUAUAGCAUAACCAAAGUAAAGCGCACACUCUGAUUGGUCA